UAAUGAUUUGUUACUGGUUAUUUAUCUUAUUUCUAGCUUACAACAGUAAAAUAGAAUAUACAAUGGGCCACAAUGUUCUUACGAAUGUGGCAUAUGGAAAGUCCGUAAGGCAAAGCACGGACUUUAGAUGGGGAAGUGUCCCAGAUAAUGCUGUUAACGGUAUCUUUACGGACUUCACUCACACAGACCUUGAAAAAAAUCCAUGGAUUAGGAUUGAUCUUGGGAGGAACUACACGAUUCAUGAAGUAGAAGUAUUUGGUAGGAGAGGCUGUUGUGUUGAACGACUUCAUGACGUUGAUAUAAGAGUAGGCAAUGAUUUGCACGACAUGCAUCUAUGCGGCCAUUUUACUGGUUCUUGUACCAGAUCUGGGGAGCGGAUCGCAGUGUUUUGUCCAUUUAACACAUUCGGUCGAUAUGUAAAGAUACAGAUUAUGGAGGGAUGGAACAACUACUUGUCUGUUGCAGAAGUUCUUGUGUGGGGUCGUUUGUAAUUGUAAUCUAAAGAAGGAAUGUACAAAAAAAGACUUUGCAUACGCUAUUGUUUUGCAAUGUUAUCCUCUCAGAGAUCGUUCAUAAUAUUUUAUACUUCUUUUCGUUUUAUAAAACUCUUCUUGCUCAAAAAUACCCUUUUUACCUUAUAAUUAAGAAUUAAGUCAUGUGCAAAUUUUAAUCUUCUUUCAGAACCUUUCUUGUUUUGUUUUUUUUUUUCAUAAUUAUGUUAAUUCUGAAUCUUAAAUAUCAUUAUUCCAAUUUUCAUUUAAAUAAAGACCUAUGGCAUUUAAAGUGUGUGUGUGUGGGGGAGGGGGUGUGUCAAUUUUGUUGAUCUGUUGUAACUUUUUUAAAACAUUAGAAAUAAAUAUGUUCUCUUUUAA